UCUGUUCAUGUUGGUAUUAUUGUGUAAUGGCUGCCGUGCGUUUUCCAUUUAUCCAGUCUGUUUUUUUUAGUCAUUUUGAUUACGCCGAGAAUCCUGCCAACCCCAAGGUUUUCGCAGUGUUAUAUUUGGUGGCCGUGCGUGCGUGAAUUACGCUCAUGGCAAGCUGAAAUGCUGGCACAGUCCAGCUUAGGUAUAGACUCUAUUGCUCAUUAAAGGGGCGCCAUUAUGUCGAGGGGCGACUGCGUACGGCUACGCAGCGGCCGUUCACCCAAGCGACGUUCUGUAUUGUUGGUCUGCCGCCGGCCGCCCACCUACUGCAGUAUUGUGCUUCUUAUCUGCCUUGAGACAUUUCUCCUCUUCGCCGUCUCCAACUGUGCCAAAACAUUCUACAUGCAUUGGAACACAACGAACAGCAUUUUCCGGAUAGACAACACAGACCACAUCAUUGAUGUGAAUAAGGGUAAUCUAGCGUUCGAAUACGAUCAGGUGCACAUCAUAUGUCCAGUGUACGAGCCAGGCACAUUUGACAACGAGACUGAGAAGUACAUUAUCUACAAUGUGUCGAAAGCUGAGUAUGAGACAUGUCGUAUCACGAAUGCUAAUCCACGCAUUAUAGCUGUGUGCGACAAGCCACAGAAACUCAUGUUCUUCACCAUUACUUUCCGCCCCUUUACACCUCAACCCGGCGGAUUGGAGUUCCUGCCCGGAAAUGAUUAUUACUUCAUCUCCACAUCGUCUAAAGAUGAUCUUCACCGUCGCAUCGGUGGUCGCUGUUCCACAAAUAAUAUGAAGGUAGUGUUUAAGGUAUGCUGUGCCGACAAGAGAACGCUCACUCAGACGGAACGAAAUUCUACGGCAGAUAGGAAUAGCACUAUUCCUUUUGUAACAGUUGAUGGCAGCGGUGUGGCCAUUAACACGGGUGCUGAAGCGUCACCGCCAUUAUUACCUAGCAUUAAUAGCAGCGCCAGCAAUGUAGUACAAUCUACAAUGAGUUGGCCUACAUGGCGCGGUCAUGAGGAAACCCGCAAUAUUACUACAUCACCCAGGCCUACGAUCAACAAUUCUGUAAAUGUAAACAGCAAUCACUCGCCGUCCCAUAAGCCAACAAAAAAGACAAAUGACUAUGAGAAGCACCCGAACGAGGUGGUGAAGAACGAGGAGCUGACUUACAGCAGCGCAGCCUGCGAAUACGCGUGGAAUGGCAGCACUAGUCUUAGUUGUAUUUUAAGUAUUGUCUUCAUUAUGGUGUGCCAGCGGUGAGCUGAACGUCGUUUGCAAACUACGUACAUUCUUAUUAAUAUUUAUCACGUUUAAAAAAAUAACCUUUUGCGCCCGCAUUUUAUUUAUCUAACUGACUGUGAGAUUUAGCAACACUACAUUUGCAAUUCUACGGCAACUGCGUCAUCAACUUUUUCUCUAUAUUUUGUCAUAACACAAUUUAAAAAGGGCAGCAAUUGAAUCACUUAGUAGCGCAUUGUAAAACCCCCAUGGUUUCUAAAACUGCUUUGAUUGAAAACCAUAAAAAUGUGGAAAAAAACACAUAUUUAAUUGCUAUUUUCUGUCAUAGAAAAACACAUUACAGAGUAUUAGUAUUAAAACAUCGUGUACUGGUUUUUUUUUCCAUACACAUCAUUUUUUGAGAAAGAUCAUGAAAAGAUUCAUAGUUGCCUUAUGAAUUGACACAAAUAGGAUGUGAAUUAACCUUAGAAAAAUCACAACAUAUGUGGAAAAAAGCUAUAAUUGUAUUUAUUGUCUACCAAAACGAUUUAAUAGAAAAAGAUUACUGAAAAUUUGUUUGCGGGAAGGUGUAUGCCUGUCAUAUGAAACAUAUUAUUUAUAAUGUUAUGUCCUGUGUGUUUUUAUUUAUUUUAUUUGAACCUUUCACUGUACGGAAUAGUGAUACAACAACACAGAAAUAUUUUAUUUGCUAUGCAAAUUGGGACAAAAAACUAAUUUGGUGACAAUGAAUCUUUUCCUAACGUAAUUAUUCUCAUGAACUGCAAUACGUGCAAAACCUGAUUUAGAAUUAAAUUAUAAUUGAACUCGGUUGCAUUUUGGACAUAUCAUAUUAUAAGAUAGGGUAGUGGAGGGAUAUGGUAUUAUGAGGAUUCCUUAGCUCAUGGGCUGUGAUCAAACAAAUGACAUAACAAUGGAACAGAUAAUUAGCAUGAUUACCAAAAUUAAACUGACCAGAAUAAAGUUUCUAUUAAACACUGCAAAAAUUUCACAGCAGAAGUUUCGUAAAACACCGCAAAGUUUCUAUCAUCCAAUUUAUAACUAAAUUUUGUGAGUAAUAAUACGGAGAAAAUUUCUGAAUAAUAAUAAAUUUUGUGCAUGCACUGAAAUUUUUGUUGAUUUUUCAACCUGUAUUACUCCGGAAACAUAAUUAUUGGUCCAAAAAUGCAAAUCUUUCAUUAAGUAACUUAAAAAACAAUUUUUUGUUCAUGUAUUUUUUUAGAGUAUUUUUGAGAAGAAAUUUGGUUGACUUUUCUGUACAAAAUACUAGAUCUGUUCACUGUGUAGUAAUAUUAUAAAUUAUUCUAAAAGUCAGUUGAACUUUGAUAAGCUCUAUGAUCUUCGGACCUGGGGGAGGUGGAAGGCAAAGAAAGUCAGUUGAAUUCUUUUUUUAUGGCGAUAGCAAAGUAUUCCUUAAUGUCCCACCGCUCCGCUGUAUUAGCAUUACAUGGCAUAUGAUAUGCUCAAACUCAAGCCACAAGAGUUAGAUUAUAAAAAAAAAUUGUGAGUAAUGCGCAGUGUAUUCAAAAACUAAUUAUUUCAAUAAUUUUUUAAUAUUAAGUAGGAUAUCAAAUUACAUACAUUGCUAAAUGUAAUUGAAAUAUUGAAAUUAUAUUACUGAAGUACAUUCACAUAUUCUCUAUUAGGUUGGAAUGGCGAAUAUUUUCUAUUCUUUAAAAUUGAUCCCGAAAUUACUUUAUUUGAACUCUCAAGAUGCGCAUGUAUUGUAAUACAAUAUAUUACUACUUUAUAAUAUGCAUUAAUAUUGCUAGUCGCACGAUGUAAUCUAUUAGAUAACAAUCAUUUCUUUUUUUCAAUAGUAUUC